AGGGGUGUGCCUGAGCAGCAACUGUCAAGAGAACUGGACAUUUUCAAUCCUUUAUUAGUUUAUUCAGUGUAUGUGAACAAACAACUCCACUGGCUACUAGUGUGUAAAAUGCACUAGGAAUAUGUCACUGCAAGGAUUCCCUCCAGAUUGUUUCUUCAGCAGUUUCUGAAUUCACAGAUGACUGGUUGCUUUGCUUGGUGACUCAGGGGUACCACUGACUGUAUACUGUAGAGCAAUCUAGAGAACCCUCUGAAAGAAGCUACAAACAAAAUGGGGUCACAAUUGUGGAUCAUGACUGAGGAGCCCCCAAAUUUGGGAGGGAUAAUGAUGAACUCCAGUGAGAACUACAGCUCGAUAGGCCCAUCAGCCAUGGCCUGUGACACCUGGGAACCUGUUCAGAACUUCAUUCUACCACUUGUCUACUUGCUGGUCCUGGUUGUUGGACUCUUUGGGAACUGCAUUGCACUACUGACAUUUCUACGGAAUGACAGGAAGGUUAAAAAAGCAAUCCGCGUGUAUCUGAUUAACCUGUCUCUGGCCGACAUCCUGUUUAUUCUCACUCUACCAUUUUGGGUGGUUUACUAUUUUAAAGGGGGAGACUGGAUCUUUUCAGAAGUCAUCUGCCGACUAGCUGGGGCAUUCUACUACAUGGCGACAUAUAGUGCCAUCACGUUUAUGAUCCUCAUUAGCAUUAACAGAUACUGCACAGUCCGAAUGAGAAGGCAGAACAUUCCUUUCAAUAAGCCGAUAGGAUCCAUUUACACCUGUGUGGCUGUUUGGAUAUUUUGGUUUGCAUGCUCCGUUCCUGCAUUGAUGCAGCAACAGUCUUUCAAGAAAGGGCUUACCAUCACAAAAUGUUUUGAAGAAUACUCUGACAGAACAGUUUAUGUAUAUGCAUCUUUCACGUUCUUCCUCAUAUCCUUACUGAUUGUUUUACUCAGCUAUGUUUCGAUAAUGAAAGCUCUUUCAUCUCAAGGUAAAGCUUCUCAAGGUGCCCAUCGAAGGCUAGCUAAAUCAAUGGUGCUGGGCAUGCUUGUAGUGUUUUUGGUCUGCGUUUUGCCCUAUCAUGUUUUCCUAAUCCCCUGGGAGUUAAGCAAAGCUAACUCCAAAGGGGUGCCACACUGUGGCCCUCCCAAGGCCAUGGACAUUGUACACCAAUUAAACAUAGCUUUGUUGAGCUUGAACAGCUGCAUUGAUCCGAUCAUCUAUUGCUUCUCCGUAAAGAGAUUUCGCAGAGAGUUGAAGAAAACAUUCAGAAAACUGAUGCGCUGCCUGUCAUUUCAGGUGCAUACAUUUGAGGCCUCAGAAACUCAUAUCAGGUCAACUUCACUCACUACCUCGUAGCCUUGAGACUGACAGGAAAUGGUGCCUAACCUUAAAUUUUAUGUCAGCACUCACCACUAUACAGCGCUUGACAUACUUUCAGCUGAGUUAAAAAAAUAAAUUCAGGCCAUCCUUGGGUGACUUUAUUCUCAGGUUUUACUGCUGCAAAGCAUCCCAUCAGGUUUCUUCAGUUGCAUCCUGCACCAAAUGAAGCUUGGCAUGACUCAAAAGACGCUUGUGUCUGCUGCAAAUUUUAAAUUCUCAGAGUGAAUUUUCAUCUUUGAAUUUAAAUGGAUGAAAAGUCAUAGGAUGGGGGAGUGCAGCCAAAUUCCCAACAAGCACCAUUGCCACGAGGAGGCCUGUGCCAGGAGCACCAAAGACUAAAAUUGAAUUGUAUUUUCUAAGCUGAUGACUUUAAAGCAGCAGUGCCUCCAUGAAAAGAUGCUCGAGAAAUGUUUUGGUGAAGGGAGAUUUGCUGGAAGAGUCUUACCAUUUUUAGUGUAAUGAGGCCAAAUGGAAAUAAGGCAAGACAAGCCGUGAUACAAUGUUACACCACUGAGCCAUGUAUUGGGAAGUGAGAUAUUUCCUCUGAACUUAAACCGACCUACAGCUAAUGUGGGAAUUCUUAUUUACUGAUCAUGUAUACCGAUAAGUGUUCCAUUCAUCACAAUGUUCAAAAGAAAAAUACAUCACACUGGUAUUUUUCCCCACUGGAAACAAUCCUGAUUAUUUUGCUUCUUUGAAAACUAGUUUUUGAUCUUAAUUUAAAUAUUCUUUUUGUAGAUGAAGUACUCCAUUUUUUUAUUGCUUACAUUUUUGUACUUUUAAAAAAUAUUUAUAAUUUUUUUGUACCCUUCAUUUAAGUCCUGACCUUGGCUUUGCCUAGUUAUAGCGCUGGAAGCAAUACACGCCAGAAUCUAGCCUUUCAUCAUGAUUGUUUUAACUGUAUUAAGUCUUAACAAUUAUGCGGGUAAUGUAUAUAAAUGGAUGCUGGCACACAAAGUGUAAAAAUAAAUCUGACAUUAUUUAUGG